UCAUUAAAUUGACGUCGUCUUCUACACCUGACUGUCAAAUGCUCGUUGCCUUGUACUGUAAUUUCACGUGAUCUUAUAAAGUUCGUGUGAUUUUACACAGAAAAAGUUGCAGUUUCAAACCUUCCUACAAAAUGAGUGUGUGCAAAAGUAUAUUAGUUUUCUUAAGUGUAGUAUUAACUAUUAGUUUAGUGCAAUGUACAGAAUUUGUUCCAGUUUUUAUGUGGUCUACUAGCAAAACAAACGAAAAAGUUCCGGCCUUGCACAAAAUAAGCCAAGACUCAUUUAAAGAUGAUGUUCUGGAGCAUUUGAAAGAGAACCCAUUUGUGAUAGUGUUUGCAGAACAAACAUUAAGUCCUGAAGAUUUUGCUCAACAUGAUCAGUCAGGUGCCACAGUUUUUCCUUACCUUGAAAAACAUAAAAGGAACUCUAAAGUUUCGUAUCUACCUUACGUCCAAAAUCCAAUCAAAGCUUUGAAACAUUUAGGCGAAGAAGUGGCUGAGGUGUCGAUAUCAGACUUAAAAGAAAACUUUGAUUUUCCUGCAACGAAUAUCCUCAUUGUUAAUCUAAACGAUGCUAAAGAUGAUGAACACAGACUAGAAAUGUUGAAACGUCAUGAUUCUACAAUAAUAUCUAUCUAUAACAAAAUUGCUAAGAAGUAUGACAAUGUUUUGGCUUUGUACACAGCUCAUCAUACGUCCUGGGUUGCACCUGAAGAUGUCAUCAGUUCAAGGAAAAUCAGAUCGUUACUGGCAACUACUGAAAAUGGCACUUAUUACAAAAGUAAUUACUCCAUUCUAUAUUACACAGAUGUAUCGUAUAACCUUAACAAUGGUGCAAGUAACACUGAAGUUUCUUUAGACUUCACUGAUGCACUGCAAAAUACCGACAUUGUUUUGACUGGAACUUCAUCCGUGUUACAAGUUGAGAUGGAAUUUUCGACAAAUACUAGCGACGGUUACUGGGUAUUAAAAAAUGUUACUGUAACGUAUAAUAAUACAGAUUAUAACCUUAAUUCAUCUCUCUCUGAUAUCUAUGCUCCAACUACAUUCUCAUACCACUGUGGGGACCAAAGCUUUUCGACUGAAAACAACAAUUUCAAACUUUAUUUCGGCUCCUUCCAGGUUCAGUUAUUCUUCGAUGGUACAUCUGCCAACGAAACCAAAUUUUCAGAUGCAUAUGACUGUGUUGGCUUUACUUCAGUCCCGAUUUGGUCUGGAAUUUUCGUUUCGGCCAUUCUCUUACUCAUCAUGACCUUGGGUAUCACCAUGAUGAUGGAUAUUAGAACUAUGGACAGAUUUGAUGAUGCUAAAGGCAAAACUAUUACUAUAAACGCAGAAUAACAUGCUAAUAAACAAUGAUAACUUAGCUUAAUGGCUUAUAUGCUUAACUCGAAAGAAUUAUAAUAGACCAAAAAUGCCAAAAUUUUUGGAUGAGAAUUUACUAGAAUGAGGAAAAUAUAACUAACUUCUAUUGAUAUUGGUGUAUAAAUGGAAUUUAAUUGAUUUGUUGAAAAAUUAUGGUAAUAAUAAAUGUGUCGCAGGUUAUUUGAAAUUACAACUAUUUCCCUUCAUUUGCCUCUUUCUAGUAAAUUUAAAUUUUUUGUGGUAACUGAUUUAAUUUAGGAAGUUAACUAAAUGGUUAGCAUUAUAAGCGUUAAGCAUUUUGUUGUCAAAUAUUAGCUAAGCCUUCCCUAAAUAGCUCAGUAUUACACCUGAUAAGAUCUAUACUCAUUGAUGAUGUGCUCUUGUGAUAACUAAGCAUCUAUUUGUUAUGUCAUCCGGAGUUCUGUCUUAAUCAGGUUUUCUACUGUAGGCCUAACUGCCUAUGAUUUCUUCUAUGUCCCUUGGACCUCCAUCUUCCCGUUGUCAUUUGGUACAAUCAUUAUUCUACAUAAUUUUUCGAUGAACUCAGUAUUUCUAAAAAAUUUUGAACUACCUUUAUACGUGUACUUCGAAAAGGAUGACGUAACUGCACUAAACGUUUCACGUAGCUUUAAUGUCAACUGAAACGAAUUUUUGUCCACGAGAUUUAGAGAAACGAUAAACCUACUAUAUACACAAUUUAUAUUAUAUAUGACAAUAGUAUUUUUAUUAUCUUUUGGAUUCAUAUAAACCUAGUAACUUGUUGUUCAAGUAGUAGUACAAUAAUUGUUAAAAAAAAUUGUAGCCUUGACGUUGUUAAAAAAAUAGGGUAACUAAGCUUAUGGCCUAUUUUUGAGUGUUAGGUCUGCACUAUUAAAAUACACUAAUUUUGUAGGAAUGUAUCCUGUUUGUUAAAAAUUAUUUUGUAUAUAAAACACAAUUUUAACCCUGUUACUGUAUAGUAUUGUUAUAUUUUAGAAGUGUCCUUAGUUUUAUUUCAUUCCAUUAACUUUUUUUGUCAUUUUUUGAUGACGGCAUUUUAUUUUGUAAAUUCGUAUUUAUAUUUUAAUUGUCAUUCUCUAUCGGUGAUGGGUUUAAUUAUAAAACGUUUAAUUUGUAAAUAUUCAUAUUUUGUAUCAUACUGUUCCAUUAAUUUGUUGCCAAACAGUGUAGACUACAUGUCAUCUAAUAAAUUAUUAUAAAAAAA